UAUACAUACUCCACGACGACCCAGUUCACAGCGACUACUACUCUGUCAACGGGGAGUGGGAAUUCCUGGGAAGUACAUCUGAGAACAGCACGGCUACUGAUGGGAAGGAAGUCUUCCUCAAGCAAACUGUUUUCUUUCACUUCAAACGAAGAUGGCUGUUCCUGGGGAUGGCACUAAUAACCCCAACAGUGCUCAACUCUAUCCUCAUGAGCAUCGUGUUCGCACUGCCGUUUGAGAGUGGCGAGAAGAUGGGCUACUCACUCACAGUGCUGCUCACCUACAUGGUGCUGCUCACCCUGGUGGCUGACACGCUACCCCCAGUGUCCAGCGAGCUGUCCGCUCUGCAGAUCUACCUGACAGGCGUCAUGUGUACCGGUACCGUUGCUACCAUGCUGACAGUGUGGUCAGUGACCAUAUACAGUUUCAGCGAUGACAAGCCCGUGCCUCAGUGGGUCAACACAGCGUACUACUCCUUCCUGCAACCUGCCACAUGUAAGAUCCAGGUGUUGACGACGUGUUGGGAGCAUUUUCGAAGGUGGAAAACCGACCAAAGCGAAAUGGAUCCUAAAGACGAAGAGACGGAUGUAAAUGCCAGAGAUACCCAGUGUAGUUGGGUUGACAGUGAGAGUGUGAGCAGCGACCACGUUUCGAACCAGCUUUCAUUCCACGACACUCAUAGGAUUAACGAUUUAGAGGCUCAGACUGGCAAAACGGACACCCCACUUUAUCAUCCCCUACCAGAUCCUAUGUUGGUUGGUGACCAGAGCUUACCAGGUAUGCUGGGCAAUGCUGAGCACCUAACAAUUGAUAACGAGAAAAUACGUGAUAAGAAAGAGAUAUUCUCCAUUCAGAACUGUGGUAGAAACCAACUGGGGAAUUCAUACGACUACGAUGCACAUUUAUCUGAGCCCACCCAACCAUAUGACGCAAGAGAUGAUGACAUGAAAAACUUCUUCAGCGGAGGGCUUCCUGAUGCACUGCUUCCUGGAACUUCCGAUUCCCGGCUGAGUGAAAUAACUGACAUCAAAACUGAUCACAACGAUGAAGACGGCAGAGAAAUCAGCACGGAAGACAAGGACCUGACAUGGCAGGAGGUAGCAAGGGCCAUGGACGCGCUGUUCUUGAGAAUAUGCAGCUUUCUCAUUGGUGCAGGGACGGUGAUCUUAUGCAUAUUCUUUGCAGCAACGUAUUGACUCUUCUGCCUCUAAAAAGAAUAAUUCUGAAAGGUAAAAUAUACCUCCUUUCGAACAAGUUUCAGGAGGUCAGAGGUGAUACCUGUCAUUUCAAAGGUUUGGAUGGAUUGUAAAUGUUUUGCGCACUUAUUAAAACAAAACAGAUCAAAUAGAAGACGAGUUAUUUCGACCCUGUUUGUCAGCGCCACCAUGGGCUAAAUAGGACACAACAUCCCAGUAGACAGACGGAUAUAUUCAAUAAAAUUACUUCCCCAUUCGAAAUUCAAACUCAAGUCUUCUACUUCCAACCUCAGACAGCCUUAGAGCUGCGCUACUGAUGCCGGUUGUUACUUUUAAAGAGGUGCAAAUAAACAUAAAUUUGUGAAAAAUGUAA